AGAAGAGAAAAUAUGUAUUGAUGCAAGGAAUAUUGUGAUGAAGAAGCAAGCUUCAAGAAACAGUAUAGUUUUUUAUAUUGGUUUUUGUUAAUGCAUAAAAUCUUGCCGCAAUUAGCAUCAGCGGUGGAAAUGGUUCACGGUCCCAACAAGAACAUAUUCGGCAAUGAAGUGUUUAAUAAAAAAACUAGAAACCAUUGCUGUGUCAAAGUCUAUAAAUAGAGCAUUGCACCAAUUCACAAACAUAGUAAUUUCACUCCUUGAACUCUUAAUAACUAGCCAGAUUCAAGAAAAUCUUCAUCAAGAUGGGAUCCAAUGUUUCAACAGCUUAUGACGGCCAAGGCUCGCCAAGACAAAUCUACCAAAUGCCACCGCCGACGCAGCCUCAGCCAGCCAAGAAGGGCCAGGUCAUCGCAUUCCACUCCUCGGCUAAGUGGAAAAUCCAUUUUGAAGCAGCGAAGCAGACUUCAAAACUGAUCAUCGUUGACUUCACAGCCACGUGGUGUGGGCCGUGUAAGCAGAUUCUUCCGGUGAUCAAUGAGUUCGCCGAGAAAUAUACAGAAGUGGAUUUCAUCAAAAUCGACGUUGAUGAGUUAGAUGAUGUGGCUGAGGAAUACGGGGUUCAAGCAAUGCCGACUUUCAUACUGAUAAAGAAAGGAAAACAAGUGGAUAAGGUGGUGGGGACAAAGAAAGAUGAUCUCCAAAACAAGAUUGAGAAACACAGAUUCUAAAUUUCUAUCACGUAAAAUGAGCAUCAAUACCUUUGCCUUUAUGGCUAUUGAGAGAGAUUCUAGUAUAUUUAUUACUUCAAUAAUCUUGGCUCACAAUCUUCUUUACGAACAGCUACGGGAGAUGUAAAACUAUGAAGAAAGAGCUUUCCAUUUAAGAGGAAUUAUUAUAUGAUACAGAUUUCUCAUUGCA